AGGGGGGCCGCGGGAAGCGUCGGUGGCGUUCCUCCCUCCCUCUCAACCACAAUAACAGACGGAGGGCCGGCCGAGGUUCAUUGAAGUCAAGUAACCAACCAAGAGGGAAGAUUUGAAAUUUGUUUUUUUAUACUGGUGUAACGCAAAAAUGGGUCCAAGAAAGAAAAUUGUUAAAACAUGUCUCAUGAGUAAUGAAAUCCUUGAUGAAACCAUACCAGAUGAAACAAAGGACUAUAUGAAUCAACUUUCACAUGAAGUGCUUUGCCAUAUUUUUAGGUACCUCCCUCUGCAGGAUAUUAUGUGUAUGGAAUGUUUAUCCCGGAAGCUAAAAGAAGCAGUGACCUUGUAUCUCAGAGUUGUGAGGGUUGUGGAUCUCUGUGCAGGGCGGUGGUGGGAAUACAUGCCAAGUGGCUUCACAGAUUCCAGUUUUCUAACACUAUUGAAAAAGAUGCCAGAUGUUGAGCAGCUGUAUGGCCUUCACCCUAGAUAUCUUGAGAGACGAAGAGUGCGGGGCCAUGAGGCUUUUAGCAUUCCAGGAGUUCUGGAAGCUCUGCAGGCAUGCCCAAACCUAGUGGGUGUGGAAACAUCUCAUUUGGAAUUGGUAGAAUCCAUUUGGACAUACAUGCCACAUGUUCAUAUUUUGGGGAAAUUUCGUAAUCGUAAUGGAGCAUUUCCAAUUCCCCCUGAAAAUAAACUGAAAAUCCCUAUAGGAGCCAAAAUUCAAACUUUACAUUUAGUUGGAGUGAAUGUUCCUGAAAUUCCUUGUAUUCCAAUGCUAAGGCACCUUUACAUGAAGUGGGUAAGACUCACUAAACCACAGCCCUUCAAAGACUUUCUUUGUAUCAGCUUGCGAACUUUCGUCAUGAGAAACUGUGCAGGACCCACAAACUCCUUGAAAUAUGUCCCCUUAGUAACAGGCUUAGCCUCUGCCCGAAACUUGGAACAUUUGGAAAUGGUUCGAGUUCCUUUUCUAGGAGGUCUUAUUCAACAUGUAGUUGAAGACAGCUGGAGAUCAGGUGGUUUUAGGAAUUUGCACACUAUUGUUUUGGGAGCUUGCAAAAAUGCUCUUGAAGUAGAUCUUGGUUACCUCAUCAUCACUGCUGCCCGUAGGUUACAUGAAGUUCGAAUCCAGCCUUCCUUAACCAAAGAUGGUGUCUUUUCUGCCCUUAAGAUGGCAGAGUUGGAAUUCCCUCAGUUUGAAACCCUUCAUCUGGGAUAUGUAGAUGAGUUUUUGCUGCAGAGUAGAAUGGCUAAUGCUGAUUUAGUGAAGUAUGGUUUGGCUGAUGUGGUAGAGAAUCCCGGUAUCAUCACUGAUAUAGGAAUGAAGGCAGUCAAUGAAGUUUUUUCCUGUAUCAAGUAUCUGGCAAUUUAUAAUUGCCCCCAUCUACAUAACCCAUUCAACUGGAUAUCAGACCACUCAAGAUGGACUCGAUUGGUUGAUAUCAACUUAGUGCGGUGCCAUGCUUUAAAGCUGGAUUCCUUUGGCCAAUUUAUUGAAUUGUUACCCAGCCUGGAGUUUAUUUCACUGGACCAGAUGUUUCGUGAGCCACCCAAAGGCUGUGCUCGAGUUGGCCUGAGUGCAGGCACUGGAAUUGGAGUUUCCUCAGCCCUGGUCAGCAACCAGAAUUCUAACAAUGAUAACGAUAAUAAUGCCCAGAAUAAUGCCAACAUUCAUGAUCAUCACCAUCAUCACCACCACCACCAUCAUCAUCAUCAUCACCAUCAUCAUCCAGAUGACUCAGAUGAGGAGAAUGACUUCCGGCAAGACCUGCAGCCAGGGGAGCAGCAAUUUGCAGCCGACGCAUUGAAUGAAAUGGAAGACAUGGUGCAAGAAGAUGGAGAAGUAGCCGAGGGAAGUCUUGGGAACCCAGCUCAGAGCCAGGCAGUUAUUCCUGUGGAUGUUGAUGAGGAACAAGCAGGACCCAGUGGUCUUCAGCGUGUAGUAAAACCAACCCCAAUUACUGUUCACGAUUCAGAGAGUGAUGAUGAGGAAGACAGUCUAGAACUCCAAGAAGUCUGGAUUCCUAAGAAUGGUGCUCGCCGUUAUUCUGAGCGUGAAGGAAAAUCUGGUGAUUCAGGGCAGUCCCGAGAAUUGUCAGUAAGUGGAAAAGGCAAGACUCCACUUCGAAAGAGGUACAACUCCCAUCAAAUGGGCCAGUCGAAGCAGUUUCCCCUCGAGGAAAGCAGCUGUGAGAAAGGCUGUCAGGUCACCAGUGAGCAGAUCAAAGCCGAUAUGAAAGCAGCUAGGGAUAUUCCUGAAAAGAAAAAAAACAAGGAUGUUUAUCCCAGCUGCAGCAGCACCGCCGCCUCCAGCUCACACAGCGCUGCUUCUCAAAGCCCCGACUUUGUAAGGACGGUGAACAGCGGCGGCUCCUCGGAGCCUAGCCCUCCAGAAGUGGAUGUGUCCAGGCAGUGUGUCUGCUCCCCCGGUGGGUCAGAGGACUCUGAGGCCAUGGAGGAGGGAGAUGCAGAGAGUUCUGUCUGCCCCAGAUGCUGCUGUCACAGGCCCCAGGAAUCCCAAAGGAGAACUAGCAGGUGUUCUGAUGAGGAACGUCCUUCAACCAGCCGAGCCUGUGUUGUGAAUGGCCCGGAUGGUACGAGAUCCGCCUUUUCCUUUAGGACUCUACCACAAGGGGGGUCUUCAGGCCCAGCACAUGAUGAGAGGACUAAUGGGAAUGGCUCUGGGGCUACAGGUGAGGACAGGAGGGGGAGCUCCCAGCCUGAGCACUGUGACGUGCAGUCUCAUGAAGACUUCCCUCGGAGGCCCCUAACAAGGGCCAGGAGCAGACUCUCCCAUGUACUGCUGGUAUCCGAGUCAGAAGUCGCCAAAACAAAGUCGCGUCAUGCUAUGAAACGGAAGCGGACAGCCGAUAAAUCCACCAGUACCAGUGAUCCUGUGAUUGAGGAUGACCACGUGCAGGUCCUUGUAUUAAAAUCUAAAAAUCUUGUUGGAGUCACUAUGACCAAUUGUGGAAUCACAGAUCUAGUGUUAAAAGACUGUCCCAAGAUGAUGUUCAUCCAUGCUACCAGGUGCAGAGUACUGAAACAUUUAAAAGUAGAAAAUGCUCCAAUUGUAAAUCGAUUUGACUAUGCACAGUGUAAGAAACUGAAUAUGGACCAGGUACUAGAUCAAAUACUAAGGAUGCCUCCUGAGAGAAACCGCAUCAUAUACCUACGCCCAAUGCAGCAGGUGGACACACUAACAUUGGAGCAGAAGUUAUUUAGUGGACCGUACCCUUAUCAUAUCUGUAUUAUCCAUGAAUUCAGUAACCCUCCCAAUGUCCGGAACAAAGUGAGGAUUCGCAGCUGGAUGGACACAAUUGCAAACAUCAAUCAAGAGCUCAUAAAGUAUGAAUUCUUCCCUGAAGCCACACGAAGUGAAGACGACUUAAAGAAGUACCCCAAGUAUCCCUGGGGCAGAGAAAUCUAUACUCUAGAAGGUGUUGUGGAUGGAGCCCCGUAUUCUAUGAUCUCGGACUUUCCCUGGCUAAGAUCACUACGAGCAGCAGAGCCCAAUAGCUUUGCCAGAUAUGACUUUGAAGAUGAUGAAGAAAGCACCAUCUAUGCUCCUCGAAGGAAAGGGCAGCUGUCAGCAGACAUCUGUAUGGAAACAAUAGGGGAAGAAAUUUCAGAGAUGCGACAGAUGAAGAAAGGUGUGUUUCAGCGAGUAGUGGCGAUUUUUAUCCACUAUUGUGAUGUCAAUGGAGAGCCAGUUGAAGAUGACUAUAUUUGAUUGGACUUUCCUGCUUCCCAGCCAUUCUGACUGAAAGCCACUGGGGCCCUCCAGCUUCCAGAGCUCCACAGGGGUAUGCAUUUGGGGAGCGCUGAAUGUUUGAUAUACAGGAAAUACAUAAGGAAUGUUGAAGUUGUAUACAAAUAUUUGUACAUAGAGGAAAUAUACAAAGACAGCUCUUACAUACCAACUUUAUAUCAUAUGUUUAUACAACUUAAUUUAAAAACUCAUUUUAAUGAAGGCAAAUAAUUGGAAAGAGUUCAUUUUCCACCCCCAGACUUUUUGGCUGAGCCCCAUUUACAAUAUUCUUAAUCACUAUUCUCCUCUUAAAUCUCUUAAAUCUGUGCCUUUUUUCUUCUCAGUGAGCAGAAUUGUUUGAGUAAAUCUAUUGAAGAGUGUUUGUCUUGUGUGCUUUUUUUUGUUGUUUUGUUUUACUAUUAAGACACCACUUAAACUCUGUAAUCAGACAGCUACAUGUUUCUGUACAAAUUGUGCUUCCCUUUUCUUUCAGUAUUAUAGUUGCCAUAUUUCUUAAAGUCAAAUUAAAAAGACUCAUGACUUAAAAAAUUGAGUUUGAGGGAGAAAUGGAAAAGUUUCUAAAAGCAUUUCUAGUUAUUUAUUUCCACAUCAAUUGUGUACAUGCAUUACCUUGAAUAUGAAAAUAAAAGUUUAUUAAAAAAAGACUUGUUUGCCUUGAACCUCAGUCACUC